GGAGAGGGUAGGGAGUGCGCCCUUGGGCGUCGGAGUGCUGGCGCCCUGGACAAGUCGGCCCCCGGCGACCCGCUUGGUGGCCGGUACUUGCCCUCUCGAGCGAACCGUCAACACCUGCAAGACACCUGCGGUAGAGCGUUUCAAAUAAACCCGUUGGGAGAGCCGAUCUGCGGGAGUGAGAGAUGGAUACCAACUCAAAAGACAGCGAGCCUCUUGAAAUCAACGAGUCUGCUAUUCCUGGUGCUGAAAGUACCUCUUUAAUUUUGGGAAAUGGGAAGCUUGUAACUCCUCACAAGCAUGCGCCUGAAGGGACUCCUAAUGGUGGCACACCAGAUACUUUUAAGUCACCCUUGGACUUUGCCACAGUAACAGUAGAGCAACUGGGAAUUACACCUGAAAGCUUUGUAAAGAACUCUUCAGGAAAGUCACCAUCCUCCCUGAAAAAAUCCAGACGACGCUCUACAAUUGGUGCUCGGGGCUCCCCUGAAACAAACCAUCUUAUUCGUUUCAUUGCUCAGCAGCGGAAUUUAAAGAACAUGGAGAAAUCUUUGACACAGAAUUCCCCUUUUCUGGGCAGUCCUAUACUGCAUCGAAAUGUUAAUUCUUUAAGAGAGCGAAUGUCCGCCUUCCAGUCAGCUUUUCACUGCAUCAAGGAGAAUGAAAAAAUGACUGACUUCCCCGAAGUCUCAGAGGCAGAAGGAGAAGUCACGACAACAGGCUUGACCAAAAAGGAAAGGCUUGGGCAGUGUCCACAGUUUGAGUUCUCUGCAGAUUUAUCUUCCAAACGUCGAAGGAUAUCCUCUCAGAGCAGCUCUGAUGAAAAUCUCCCUGACGCAGUUGAUCUCCAGAUAUCCCGUAGAGCCCCUUCUCCUAAUACAGGCACAAUGUGUGCUGUUGAAACUUCUCCUGCAGAUUUUUCUGAGAAAUCUUUUGAAUCUGGUUUAACGCAGUCUGGAUAUUUAGUUGAAGAGUCUGUUUCACUUUCAGAUCUCACAGAAGCUUCAAGUGGAGUCAAGGUUGCUGAGUGUGUAGAGGGCGAAAGGUCAAGUGUUGCUGUUUCCCUUGACAACUUGACGGAAGUGAGCACAGACACCACUCCUGAAGGCAGGUCACUGGUCACUCCACUCUGCAAGAGGGACGUUGCAUCCUCUGAGACCUUCAUACUUCGUUCGGUGCUAAAGAAACCCUCUGUUAACCUGUUUCUAGAAAGCCUGCAGGAACACUGUGACAAUCUCUGUGAUGAUGGGACUCAUCCGAGCUUAAUCUCAAAUCUUGCAAACUAUUGCAAAGAACAAACAACAGAAGGUCAAGAAAAUUGUAAAGUGCCAGCCUUUCUAAAUGUCAGGAAGAGGAAGAGAGUUACUUUUGGAGAGGAUCUAAGCCCUGAGGUGUUUGAUGAGUCUUUGCCAGCAAAUACUCCAUUGCGUAAAGGAGGAACACCCGUUCGCAAAAAGGAUUUGAGUAAUGUCAGUCCCCUGCCACUCGAGCAAUCACCAGUUCCUGCACAGUUAUCACAACCAGAUUUUGAUGACAAGGGAGAGAAUCUUGAAAACAUAGAACCUCUUCAGGUGUCAUUUGCCGUUCUGAGUCCUCUUAAUAAGUCUUCAAUCUCUGAGACUCUUUCAGGCGUUGAUACCUUUAGUUCUUCAAAUAACCAUGAGAAAACAGCCUCCCAUAAAGUUGGUAGAAUAACACGGGCCUCUAACCGAAGAAGUCAAUUGAUCACUUUUGCAGAAGAGGAGGUUUGCAACUUACUUCAUACAGAAGCUCAGCCCUGUAAAGAAAAGAAAAUGAAUAGGAGGAAAUCUCAGGAAAGCAAGCACACAGAAAGAGCGCGUCCUAAAAAGAACCAAGCUUUAAAAAGUUGCAGAAAGAAGAAAGCAAAGGGAAAGAAAACUAUUCAAAAGUCUUUAUACGGGGAAAGAGACAUCGCUUCCAAGAAGCCGCUCCUAAGUCCUAUUCCCGAGCUGCCUGAGGUCUCGGAGAUGACGCCUUCCGCCCCAGGCGCCGGAACGAUGCGUUCAGAUGAUUUCGACUCCAGUGGUGAACUUCAAGAAGCAAAGCUUCCUCAAAGGAAGCCUCAGAAGCCAGAUUUGCAGAUGAGUCAAGGUUUUAAUAAGUACGAUCUGUCUGCACUCUGCAGCUCUCACACCAAACGUUCCUCCCCGCUUAUUAACGCUACUUUAGAGCAAGAUUUAGAUAUAAAUACCGUAGAAGCUAGUACACGUAAAACUCUUCCAAGAGCGGAAAUUAAGUCAGAAAGUGAAAAUGACCUGAAAGCUGGCUCUGAGAAUGAGAGCAGUCGUGUUUCCUGUGGUUCUGUGACCGCAAAGGUCCCGGCAUCCGAUGAUGCGGGAUCCAGUAUUAUCCUGCCGUCCCGGGAAUUGGCUGCCGCUGGCCAAAAUGUGGAAAACCUUUUUCAGAUCUUUAAAAUUUCGGAAGAUGUGAACAUAAAGUAUGAAAAGCAGGAUGACUCUGUUACAGCUCCAGAAGGGAAACCGCCGACCACACGUGUAAUGUCUGGCUUACAAAAAGACGUCUUCCUUGACAAUAUGAAAGAAAGUACAAAUCCGAGCGAGGGUUCGGGAGGCAGCUGCGCAGAGAGUGAAAGCACUGGUACGAACGGGGGAGGAAAGAAGCAUAGAAGACGCUCUAUGUGUUACUCUGGCGGCCAGAGUUUCGAUUCGGAAAAAAACGGAAAUCCCAAACCUCCCUACCUGGUGAGCAGCCCUGUAGAAAUUGGUUUAGAAAAUUCUGAACUCUAUAAAGAUUUAUCUGACUCCAUAGAGCAGACCUUUCAGAGAACGAGUAGGGAAACAAAAGUAAGACGGAGCACCAGGCUGCAGAAGGAUCUGGAAGAGGAAGGGCUCGUCUGGAUCUCACUUCCAUUUCCUUCCGCUUCCUGCACUUCCCAAAGAAUGAAAAGGAGAACAAUAUGCACAGUGGACAGCAGAGGCCUUGAAAGCGUGGCCCUCUGUAAAGACCCCAGGUCUUCUGGACACACCCCGAGCAUGGCACCCCCCGUGUCGGGUAAAGACAGGGAGGGCUUGGCCGCCAGUGCGGCCGGUUUACCUGGGAGGAGGAGGAAGAGCUUGUGGACGUCCGCACCCGUGAACGCAAAAGGUCCCAUUCUGGCAAAAUGCUGCAAGAGAAGAAGCUCUCUCCCCCAGAGCGGAGAGAGCUCUCUAAGGGACGUCCAAGGAGUCGGGCACGUCGGGAACUAAAGCGGUAACUGGCAUUUCCUGAAGAACGUUCGGGGCCGCAGAGAAGGUAAACCCCCCACCCCAUGCUCAGAACAUUUCUUUCACCCCGCCUCUCCUCCCCUGUUAAAAGUUCCAAAUAAAAUCAUUUGACUUGAA